AAAAAUUCCAUUUUUCUUUCAUUCCAAACUACCAGAUUAGUGCAGUUAGUUUAGAACAGAAAAAAGAACAUACAGUGAAGAAACUUAAAAUAAUUAAUAUCUGGUUCAGUUAGUUGGAUUUAUAUUUAUUUUUAGCUGACUAGAGUGUCUAUAUUAAAGAUGUUUACAUCUGAUAACGAGCUAGGUGACUCAAGCAUGAGUAUUAACGAGCCUAGAUUACCAAGGCCUUUCUUAAUUAAUAGGUUUCAGGGUUUGGAAAUUCCACCCCAAGUGUCUGAACCAUCAUUGUACUCCGGAGAUGUAUUAACCAACUUUAAAGAAUCCCUCCAACCCCGAGGUACCAUUACUCAAACCUCACCUGUCAAAAGCCCAGGUUUUAUUCCUCAACUGACUCCACUUUCAGUUCUCAAAAAGACUGCAAGUUGGGCAAAAAAUACACCACCAUGUGGUUGUAAAACACCACCACCAAAUGCCACUGGUAUUGUCAUGUCUCCAUCUGUUGACCCAGAUAUCAAAGAACUCAUUCAAGAUCAGAAUAGGCAACUUGAUCUCCUCCAGAAACAAGUCAAACAGCUUCUUCAAUAUCAAGAAAGAUUACAAGACCAAUUAGGAGAUAAGCCAAGAGCUAAUGGUGCCACCCAAACAUCAUCAUAUUUUGACAUUCAAAGUCCCAAGUGUCAUCCAUCUGCCCGAUUUUUCCCCCACUCCCAUAGUGAUUCUCCCACUGCACGUCAACAACAGGAUCGUACAGAGAUAACAUUAACUUUCAGAGAUCUCCAACUUGAGACAAUUGUGGAACAACCACCAAGUCCCCAGCAAUCCUUUGUGGUCAACAUGCAAGAAUAUCAAGAAUCUGUUUCUGAACAAUCAGAUGAAAGUACUGAAUCAUGUGAGAAUGUUAUGGAACAUGUUCAAAAGCUAUUGGCACAAGCCAACAUUACUAAUGGCAGAAAACCACUCAUGGAAAAAGCUCCAGAUAUGAAUGUUGAGAAUAGAACACCAGAAAGGCAUGUGUUCCACGACAUGUUCCCGGAAAACCCUACUCGUAAAGUAACGAUGCAACGCGUGCAAGAACUCGGAAUCAGUUUCAUCAAUCCAUUUGCAUUAAAUACUCCACGUAACCCAGUCUAUUAUCCUCGUUCGAACGCCAAACUCAGCUAUGCCUGGGAUGCACGUAAGGAAACGGAUCAAAGUGUGGAAAUGGAGCGUUUGGCUGAGAAAUAUCUUGGACAAUCGAAGCCCGUUGAAAACAAGACUUCAGAUUAUAAAUUUAAAACUUCAAAAUCAGUAGAAAUGAGUAUGUCGUCCCAGCAAUAUCUCGAACGUUAUGGCCUUCACGAAUAUGCAGAAUCUUCCUCUCGUUAAGAAUGGCGUUGUACUUGCUUUUCUGAAAGAUUCUCACAUCACAUACGCAUUAGUGUUUGCUGUCGGAUCAGUAUAUUAAAUUUAAAAAGCUCUGGUAUUUGACUAUGUAUUGCUGUUAUUAUCUAUGUAUGUACUAACCCUUUAAAUAUGUACAGUCAAUUAAGGUUCUACUGUUCAUUUUUAUCACACAGAGAAACUUUCUCCACAUCCACAUGUCCCUUUUAUGUUUGGAUUAUUGAAUACAAAUUCUGAUGAGAGUUCA